AAUUGCCGGAAAUCGUUCCGCCCGGUGAGAUUUCUUGGUGAGACCCGAGGCGGGCGGGGUGAGGCGCGACCGAGAUAAGGGAGGUGGUGUAGUGCUUUGCAGAACCUCUGCGUGGCCCUUCAUCUGCUACUGUAGAGAGGAGACCGACGUCCCACCUAACAGCUGUAGUCUUUUGACGAACACCUCACUCCUGUCUCCGGCAUUAAAGGGGAAACCGAAGCCCGAGUGGGCUCGGCUAUCUCCUGCAGCUCGCGUGGCUACUGCAGCGGUGGCAGGUAGAAAGAUUGUUGCAUCGACUGACUGAAGCACUAAGCCUCUCUCUCUUAAACUUCAUCAACAAAUGAAGCAAUGAUAUCUGAGAACAGAAGAACAUUUGCCAACUAACUGUCAUCACAAUUUCAAGUGAUUGUAAAAGCAAAAACAAGCUGCAACAGACCUUGUAUAGUAGAGAGAGAAUGGUUUAUUUAAAAGCAAUUUUAGUAUAGUGCUUUAUAUCUAUAUCAAAUGAAAUAAAAAUGAGUGAAGCCCCCAGGUUCUUUGUUGGGCCUGAAGAUACAGAAAUAAAUUCAGGAAAUUAUCGACAUUUCUUCCACCAUGCAGAUGAAGAUGAGGAGGAAGAGGAUGAGUCUGUAAGUUGUUUGCCACCGGAAAGACAGAUUGUGGUUGGAAUAUGUUCCAUGGCAAAGAAAUCCAAAUCCAAACCAAUGAAGGAAAUUCUUGAACGGAUCUCCUUAUUUAAAUAUAUCACAGUAGUAGUAUUUGAAGAAGAUGUUAUUUUGAAUGAACCAGUAGAAAACUGGCCUUUAUGUGAUUGUCUUAUUUCUUUCCAUUCUAAAGGAUUUCCACUGGACAAAGCAGUUGCCUAUGCAAAACUCAGGAAUCCAUUUGUAAUCAAUGACUUGAAUAUGCAGUAUCUCAUACAAGAUAGGAGAGAAGUAUACAGUAUUCUUCAGGCUGAAGGUAUUUUACUUCCACGUUACGCAAUUUUGAACCGUGACCCAAAUAAUCCCAAAGAGUGCAAUCUGAUUGAGGGUGAAGAUCAUGUAGAAGUAAAUGGUGAAGUUUUUCAAAAGCCAUUUGUAGAAAAGCCAGUCAGUGCAGAGGAUCAUAAUGUUUACAUUUACUACCCAACAUCUGCUGGUGGUGGAAGUCAAAGACUUUUUCGGAAGAUUGGCAGUAGAAGUAGUGUUUAUUCCCCAGAAAGCAACGUACGAAAAACAGGCUCAUAUAUAUAUGAAGAGUUUAUGCCCACAGAUGGUACUGAUGUAAAGGUUUAUACAGUGGGUCCAGAUUAUGCUCAUGCUGAGGCUCGAAAGUCUCCAGCCCUCGAUGGCAAGGUGGAACGAGAUAGUGAGGGAAAAGAAGUUAGAUACCCUGUUAUUCUGAAUGCACGCGAGAAAUUAAUUGCUUGGAAAGUCUGCCUUGCUUUUAAGCAAACAGUUUGUGGUUUUGAUUUGUUACGGGCCAAUGGACAGUCCUAUGUCUGUGAUGUCAAUGGCUUCAGUUUUGUGAAAAAUUCCAUGAAGUAUUAUGAUGAUUGUGCAAAAAUACUUGGCAAUAUUGUAAUGCGAGAGCUUGCUCCACAAUUUCAUAUCCCCUGGUCAAUACCCUUAGAAGCUGAAGAUAUCCCAAUUGUACCAACUACAUCUGGAACUAUGAUGGAACUCAGAUGUGUCAUAGCUGUAAUACGUCAUGGGGAUCGAACACCAAAACAAAAAAUGAAAAUGGAAGUGAGGCAUCAAAAAUUUUUCGAUCUUUUUGAAAAGUGUGAUGGAUAUAAAUCUGGGAAAUUAAAACUCAAAAAGCCAAAACAAUUACAGGAAGUGCUGGACAUUGCCCGACAACUUCUUAUGGAGCUGGGGCAAAAUAAUGAUUCUGAAAUUGAAGAAAACAAGUCAAAACUUGAACAACUUAAGACCGUAUUAGAAAUGUAUGGCCAUUUUUCUGGAAUAAAUCGUAAAGUCCAACUAACUUAUCUCCCUCAUGGUUGUCCUAAAACAUCUAGUGAAGAGGAAGACAGCCGAAGAGAAGAACCAUCCUUACUUUUGGUUCUAAAAUGGGGAGGAGAACUAACUCCUGCAGGCAGGGUCCAGGCCGAAGAACUUGGAAGAGCUUUCAGGUGUAUGUAUCCUGGAGGUCAAGGAGAUUAUGCAGGAUUUCCUGGUUGUGGUUUACUUAGAUUACAUAGUACCUACCGACAUGACCUCAAAAUAUAUGCCUCUGAUGAAGGACGAGUCCAGAUGACUGCAGCUGCUUUUGCAAAGGGGCUCUUAGCCCUAGAAGGAGAGCUUACACCCAUUCUUGUUCAGAUGGUAAAAAGUGCGAAUAUGAAUGGUCUUUUGGAUAGUGAUAGUGACUCUUUGAGCAGUUGCCAGCAACGUGUGAAAGCAAGACUUCACGAAAUACUUCAGAAAGAUAGAGAUUUUACGGCUGAAGAUUAUGAAAAGCUUACUCCAUCUGGGAGCAUUUCUCUUAUCAAGUCAAUGCAUUUAAUUAAAAAUCCUGUGAAGACCUGUGACAAAGUUUAUUCCUUGAUACAAAGUUUGACUUCUCAGAUCAGACAUCGAAUGGAAGAUCCCAAAUCAUCAGAUAUUCAACUUUACCAUAGUGAAACAUUAGAGCUUAUGCUACGUAGAUGGUCCAAGUUGGAAAAAGACUUUAAAACAAAGAAUGGAAGAUACGACAUUAGUAAAAUCCCUGACAUAUAUGACUGUAUAAAAUAUGAUGUUCAGCAUAAUGGUUCCUUGAAAUUAGAAAAUACAAUGGAAUUAUACAGGCUUUCAAAGGCAUUAGCAGAUAUUGUUAUCCCUCAGGAAUAUGGUAUAACUAAAGCUGAAAAACUGGAGAUUGCCAAAGGCUACUGUACUCCUCUAGUUAGAAAAAUUCGCUCAGACCUUCAGAGGACACAAGAUGAUGACACUGUAAAUAAACUCCACCCUGUGUAUUCCAGAGGUGUUCUGUCUCCUGAACGUCAUGUCCGUACCAGGUUAUAUUUUACCAGUGAAAGUCAUGUACAUUCUUUACUAUCUAUUCUUCGCUAUGGUGCCUUAUGCAAUGAAUCGAAGGAUGAACAGUGGAAACGGGCUAUGGAUUACUUAAAUGUUGUCAAUGAACUCAAUUAUAUGACUCAGAUUGUUAUCAUGCUUUAUGAGGAUCCUAACAAGGAUCUUUCCUCAGAGGAACGCUUUCAUGUUGAGUUACAUUUUAGUCCUGGAGCUAAAGGAUGCGAAGAAGACAAAAAUUUACCAUCAGGCUAUGGAUAUAGACCAGCUUCAAGAGAGGAAGGGUCAGGUGUGAAGGAGGAUCCGGCUCUGGACAAUGUUAAUGGCUCUAGGCUUAGGAGUCUAGCCAGCCUAGUUCAGAAUGAAGGCAGGAGAUCUUUUAAAAUUGAUAAUGAUGAGGAACCACAUACUUCUAAAAAAGAUGAGGUUGAUCGUGCUGUGAUACUGUUCAAACCAAUGGUAUCAGAGCCAAUUCAUAUACACAGGAAGUCUCCACUUCCAAGAUCUAGGAAGAUGGCUACAAAUGAAGAAGAGAGCCCCCUGAGUGUGUCUAGCCCAGAGGGUACUGGUACCUGGCUGCAUUAUACCAGUGGUGUGGGUACUGGGCGUCGAAGACGCAGAUCAGGGGAACAAAUCACUUCUUCCCCUGUCUCCCCCAAAUCAUUGGCUUUCACAUCCAGUAUUUUUGGCUCAUGGCAACAGGUUGUAUCUGAAAAUGCUAAUUAUCUGCGAACACCAAGAACUCUUGUGGAACAGAAGCAGAACCCUACUGUAGGGUCUCACUGUGCGGGCCUGUUUAGCACCUCGGUGCUCGGGGGUUCUUCAAGCGCACCUAACCUACAGGAUUAUGCUCGUACUCAUCGUAAAAAGCUGACUUCUUCUGGCUGCAUAGAUGACGCCACACGCGGUUCUGCUGUUAAAAGGUUUUCUAUCUCAUUUGCUCGACACCCAACCAAUGGCUUUGAAUUGUAUUCCAUGGUGCCAUCUAUUUGUCCUCUAGAAACUCUUCACAAUGCCCUGUCUUUAAAGCAGGUGGAUGAAUUUCUUGCUUCCAUUGCUUCUCCAUCAAGUGAAGUUCCACGGAAGACCCCUGAAAUUUCCUCUUCAGCUUCACGUUCCAGUCCAGUAAUGAGAAGAAAAAUAUCUUUAAAUACGUAUACACCUGCAAAAAUCCUCCCAACACCACCAGCUACCUUAAAGAAUACGAAAGCAAGCAGCAAGCCAGCUACCAGCGGACCUUCUAAUGCCGUUGUUCCUAAUACCUCAUCUCGAAAAAAGACUAUAGCUAGCAAAACAGAAAUGCAUGAACACAAAAAAACCACUGGGAAAAAGAAAUGAAAUCUUAGCGGAAGCUGGAGCUCCAUAUAUUUAUAAAAAUCACGUUGUUUGAUAGAAAAAGACACGUAAUAAACCUUGACUGAAAACUGUCAAAGCAAGUAAUUGAUGUUUCUCCUUAUACACCUCUGUAUUCAUUUUAAAAUAUGUUAAAUCUAGAGAAUUCUUUGUAUAUAUUCAGGUAAGGACCUUUUCUCAUGCUCUUGAAAUGUUUAAAACAAUGUUUAUUAACAUUUUAGCAAAACUUACGGUGAUGAAGGUCUGUCAUUCUUAAUAUUAUGUUUGCUAUGUGCCCUCUGUAAAGAAAACGACAGGAGACCUCAGCUAGCCUGUCCCAGUGUCUCACCAGUAAUGCUGUUUACUCAAGAAUCUGUGAGGUGACCUCUAUACAUACUUUCAUUUUCACGGGAUUGUAUGUCAGCUAUAAAAACCUAUAGCUUGAGUUGGAAUUUGACAGCCAGGAUUACAUAUUACAGAUUUUUAAAGUAUAUUUCCAAAGAGAUUUCACUGACCAUUUGGGUUAGAAACUUUUUUCCUCCAAUUGUUAGAAUUACAUAUAUGCUGCAAUAUUUAAUAACUGGAGUACUAGCAUAUGGGUUAUUUUUCCAAUAUGUGCUUUGAGGUUUUUUUUUUUAUUGUGUAUUAUUUAAAAUAUUACAUAUACAGCUGGGGUGACUACACCUUUAUGUGCAUAAAUUUCUAUAUUAAUUUGUAGAAAAUACUUGCUUUAUAUAUUUCCUUAUCAUAAGGUGCUUUCGCUCAUCAGGAAAAUACUGCUUUAUGUAUCGGGAAGAAAGACAUCUUUAGAAUUUCUUUUUAAGAGACAUAGUUGAUAAGUUUAUAAAUGUUACACUUAUUUUCAGAGUUCUUUUUAGAUCUAAGGAAACCAGUUCAAAAAUGGAUAUCAGCAGUGUGAGGAGAAUGUCUCAAUUCUGUAGUUAGGAGAUAUUAUGCAUAACACCUCUUUUUAGCAUUUCCAUUCUUAUCUCUAGUGUAUCAGUUGAUCUCACUAAGAAAGCUUAAAGAUUGAACAUUGGAUAUAAAUGCUCUUUUCAAACUAUUAGAUUUUGAAAGGAAAUUGAGGUCAUUGUUUUGUGAUUUCAUCUGUGAUGUGAAAAAAUAUUUAUUGUAUUGGUGCUUUUUUAUCCCCUAGUGCACAAAUAAUUAUAAGCCACUUGAAUGACUUAAACUGUAAACCAAACAAUACAACCUGAUAAGAAUCCCAUGCAUUGCCAGUCAGGUAACUUAAGUUGCUAAAGCUUUACUUUGAAGCUUAUAUUUAGGAUAUUAUUGAAUUCUCAUACGAACACAACUAUUAAAACUCUUCAGGAGGCUCUCGUAACUUUAAAUCAUCACCUAUGAAUUGACAUUUAGAAAAUAAACAUAUUAAGUGUUAGUUUUAAAAGGUACCAGAUGCAAAAGUCACAAAUAUAUACAAUUAUAUAAGUUCAUAUACUUCACGUGAAUGUACUUGUAUUAUAUGGAGACAUGUCUUGUAAACAGUUGAAUGUACCUAAACUUUCUGUAUGUGAAAAUGUUAAUGUGCUCAGUGUGGGAGUAAGAAGCUACUUUUAUUUUUUAGUGGAACUUAAUUAAAAUAUUUUAUUUCCAGAAUCAGAGAGUCAAUUAAGUGGCAACUUAUUUUUGAUUUCUAGUCUUUAUCUCUUUACUUUUAGCUUUCAAAGUAGAAAUAAGAAAACUAUUUGAGUAUUAAACGAUGCUAAUCUCAGAUGUGAAAUAAAACUUACUGUUGGCCAUAUCUAUUUCCUAGAAAUUAGCUACAGAAAUUCAGCAUAGCUUAUUUUUACCAUUGUUAUACAUGAACUAUGAUUUCACCGUAGUCACUAAACUCUGUAAUAUUUUUGUGUAGACUGAUUAGAUAAACUGAUUUGAAAGAAUCUUUGAAUCAUUUUCUAAAACAACAGAAGUCUUAUAUAUCAGAGCAGGAAAUUACAGUUAUCACUCUUUAGUGCAGGUUUGACUGAACCAUCCGUUUCUCCCAUGAUUCUAUCCCUGUAUGGGUUUUGUUUGUUUGUUUGUUUGUUUGUUUUAAAUACUGCAAGGUACUGUUUCUUGCAGCCCAGUCCUCCAAGCAGCAGAGAUGAGAAAGCCCAUCCUGAGGAGCUGUCCAGCCAUUCUAGGAUGUUAGUCUUCAUGGUGCAUUAUUCCAUCUUUCCAUCCUUAAUCCCACAUCUGAACGCAGACCUCACUUUCCCCUUGAAGCAAUGCUGGCAGAUUUUGCUGCCCUGGUUCUAUAGGAUUCUCCUAAGUCCAUUCUAAACACCAGGAAAUACAUUUGAGGUGUUGUACCAACAUUGGAUUAAACAGCAAAAUGUGCUGAACAGCUUAUCUCAGGUUUCCUUUGAGCAGGAAAUGGAGGCAGAGGAGAAACAGUAAAGGGACAGAGAACAUGUGACAGUGUGCUUGCUUGCAUAUACAUGGAACAAAAGGGCAAUAGACAGCAAUUAAAAGAGAAAAGCUAAAUGUAUCGCUCUUCAAUAAAGAUCUAAUUACAAUUCUUAAGACAAGAGAAAAGCCUCUUUUGAACAGUAUUAUUACCCAGAGUUUCCUCCAGGUUUUGCUGACUAAUGUGCAUGUCCACUAUUACCUAGUUUCAUGCUAAAUUUUUUUCAUGCUAAGAUUUUGCUUUUACUUGGUCUUGUGUGCAUACUUUAAUGGAAAGUCCACAGUAUUUCCUGUGUGCUUAUCAAAGUUUGCUUUACAUAUAGUAUUCAUUAACAUGACCUCAUUUUAUCCUUGGUUUAUCUGGGCAGAGUAGACUGCCUAUAUUAUUCUUAGUAAUGUUGGGAUUCUUAGUAAACUCUGAGUUUAGACCCUCUCUAAUUCUCUUGAGCUGUACCCAGAGCUGUCAUCAACAGCAGCAUUCUUGCCCAUGGGGACAAUUUUUAUCCUUCUGAAGGGGUCACUUGAUAUAAGGAAUUCAAGUAGAAAUAGCUCUCCCUUUGCACAGAAUCAUUCAUAGGUACCAAACUAUUGCCGUGUAAGGUUUUCUUUAUAUGGGUCAGUUUUUGUUGAAGGGUCUACUCUGUAUUUUCAGAGAAUGGAAAACUUUAUAAAAUCUAUUCUUUUAUAACAUAUAUAAAUUAUAUCUCAAAUAUGUCACUUAGGUUUUCUAUAACCUUUUCCUUUGGCCCAUGUGCUUAGUCAUGACUUGAAAGAGGUAAAGGAAACUUUCCAUAUAAGGAUUUUCUCCUUUUAUUGCCUGUGUUUUUUUUUAUUUCUUUCUAUAUUUUUAUGUCUUCUGUUGCAUAUGAAUUCAUGACUGCUAGAUUUACAAUGUGGGUUUUACAUUUAUCAUUAUAACAAUAUCUUUUGUUGUUAUUUCAUUGGAUGCUUUUGCCUUAUAGUUUAAAAUGUCAGAUAUUAAGAUUAUGACGUUUUCUUUUAAAGUACAUUUGCUUGAUACACCUUUA